AUGGAUAAUAACAAGGACAACUACGACGGAAUAGAGUUCCUGGAGCAGGAAACAGCGGGAUCUCCGGUGGCUGGAUCGUCGGGAACUUUCAGAUUCUCGAAAUCCUUGUUGGAUACGACCCAGGUCUCUGACGAUGGGAACUCGAAGAAUGUCGAAUUCUCAUUGUUGCCCGAUAAUACGACGGAGGAAGCUGAAAACGAAGAAAGUGGUGCAUCCGAGGAAAAUGAUGUGACUUUGUUGCCAGAUGAUGCUGCGAAGAGUUUGGAAUUCUUCUUUAAAGGGACCUUUCUUCGACGACUUUUUCGCAGUCAAAUGCGCCCUCGAGAAAUCGGAACCAUGAAUGUCGGUGGAGAUACAGUGCCGGAAGUGAUCGGAUUCAUGUGGAAACUUGCAAAGAAACACGUAUCUCGGCAAGUUGAUUUUGACAAUGACGUUCCGACAUGGUCUGAGAAGCAAAUGCCAGAUGAAGAAGACAUUGAACGAUUCAUCAUUCUGCAUGACACGACCAAAAGGAAGACCUACAAUGUUUCUGCCAUCACUCCACGAAUCCUUGCUACAUGGAAGGAUAAAAACAUCAAAGUUUUUGUGCAUCCAUAUGCGACCAACGUGGAGACGCAUGCCCAGCACCAAAUGGUACUGAAGACGCUCAUUACGCCAACAAACUCAGACCGAGCCGGAGCCCACUCGACCCGUGAUUGUGCUGCUUUGGCUAAAGAGCUUAAGGAAACUCACUUGGAUUUAGAGGGACAUCAAAGCUCGUGGAUGUUGUGGGCCAACUUCAUCCACUCUUCGCCUGCUCACAAGCAAGAGCAAUUGAAAAUUGAUCCCGCACCGCCUUUGGAGCUCGCCAAAUACUUCCGAUGGACAAAUGUGUCAGAAGCAGCCCGCCUGCAGUCAGUACAUCGGGGUGUCACAGUGGCUCAUACUGUGAAUGCUGGUUGGGUGAAAGAAGCGGCUGAAAUAAGGGAAGAAAUUUCAGCAGCACUUGGAAUACUUAACAACGUUUCCCGCAAGCUCGAAGCAAUGAUAACAAAAGGAUUAGCCGCUGGAGAUUUUAUCACCGCAGUGCAAUCAGCAAUCCGACCAGAAGAGUCCGAAGUGAGCCAAGUGUUGGCGGAGAAAGUAACUGAUUGUCCCGAUGUUGAUCACUCUUAAAGUGUUUUUCUUGUUUUGAUUUUACGGUUUUGAAUAAAUAAAAUAAGUUUUAUUUGCAAUAGUUUCACGGUCUUCAUGAGUUUUAUUUAUUUGUUUCAGAUAGUUCAUUAUUGUUAACAGUAAACGUUUCAAAACUUGCUCUUAUAUUAAUUGGGAACAAUAUUCAAAUCGACCUCAUUUGGAUCUUGCGUUAAGCCUUUCUCAGGGCUGAAAAAUCCUCCAGGGAAGUAUCCACAGUGUUCAAACAGUUUCUGGCAAGGAUAAACUUUGAAGUAGUUCAUAGCUUCACAUACUUCAGCCAGAAUUUGUUCACCUUCCCGGUGUACUCUCUGAAGACGUUUUUUCACGAGGCCAAAGAUCACCUCGAUGGGAUUGAAAAAGGGGCAGUACGCCGGAAGGAAUAUGGGUAUGAUCCCAAUGGAUCGAAGAUAGCGAAUGAGAUUAGCGUCGCAAUGAAUCC